GUGUAAUACGUAGCUUUAUUGUUGAGGAUCUUAUCUAUCCUGACCACAAUAGUGUUCUUGUGAUAAUAAAUGCACCUUAGGUCAAUCGAGAUAUUUGUGCGCAUUAAAUUACCAGAAUCUCAAUAAUGGUCGUGACAGUUCGAUGGAUGGAAUCAUGGACCGUCGUUGUAAUUUGCAUCGCUAGUCUGCUACUAAUCAUCUUAAUCCUUCUAUCUUGUGUUUGCUGGAACAAACAUAAAGCAAAAUUUCGAAAAUUUGCCGUAUUAGAUCAGAAAGGCGUGAAACGAGUGUUUUCUCCCGAAAUCAGCGUCAUUAAUACACAGAAGGGCGACAAGAGGCAGCAUGGGAUGUUCAAACAGCUCUCCAGAUCAAAUACAAAAGGGGGUUGGAAGUUCUUAAAAUCGCCGGAAGAAAAUUCUGACUUACGCCAAUCAAUGGAAAUAAAUCACGCGUUUGAUCAUGCAGUUCUUCAGAUUGAAAGACGCGAUAAAGACGAAGAUGUGUUAUCAUGCAUCAGUAACGAUUCCAAGCAGACUUUCUACUCCACGUAUCCAAUGGUACGCACUAUGUCUACAACGGGAACAAUAAAGAGCUCGGCCUCUAAUCCAGAUUUAGCCCAUUUAAAGUGAAAGCGGUUUUCGUAGAAUUGUACAUGCAGCCGGUUUGUAUUUUUUCUAAGCAAGUAAUUAAAGUAGGUAUGUACCGUAUAUGUAUAAUGUAUUGGAAAUAUUCUUGUAAUAAAUAAUAUUGAGUAGUU